GAGAUGGCCAACUUUACACCAUCCUAUUGAAAGAAUCUACCAGUGGGGUGUAGAGAGUUGCAGCACCAACUUAAACAACGCUGUCAAGUACUGAAGGAGCAGUCAGCUGCAUAAGGAACUAUCCGUGCAGAAUUUGGGACGUAAUUUCUGGACCGCUGCAAACAUGAUUGCCACCACACAACAGAACAUGACAACGGAGCUACAGGACUUAGGCAGCACGGGAGGACCACCUCGGAAUUGGAAGGGAAUUGGGAUCGCCUUGGUGGUUAUACUGGGGGUCAUGUCCCUGGUCACCCUCUCCAUUAUUAUGCUCACCCCUGACGAAUCUCAUCUCCUGCUGCUGUCUCGUCUCACUUUGGAGAACCUGGAGAGUGAAGAUUUCAAAAUUCACGACCCAUGUGCAAAGUGGCUAAAUGAGAAUGAGGUAUCACUAUGCACUCGGGAGGGUCACGUUCAAAUCCAUAAUCUCAACACCAAUCUAACCACCACACUGCUGGACAACAGCACCUUGGAUCUGAAAUCCAUGAGGUUCCAGGUUUCUGCUGAUAAGAAGUUCAUCCUGAUGGCCUACGAUAUCCGCCAUGUAUUCUCACAGUCCUUCACUGCAUCCUUUGCAAUCUACACAGUGAACAGUGGGGACAUUAUGGACCUCACCCCAUCAGAGGAGGGAACGUCUGUACUUCAGUAUGCGGCAUGGGGGCCUCAAGGGAGCCAGCUGGUCUAUGUAUUUGAGAAUGACAUCUACUACAAGUCUGAUGUGUCCAGGAAGGCGUUGCGUUUGACCACCACAGGCAGAAUCGGAUUGGUGGUUAAUGGGCUGUCUGAUUGGACCUAUGAGGAGGAGAUACUUCUGAAAUAUCCUGCUUUGUGGUGGGCUAAGGAUGGUGCCCGUCUGGCAUAUCUGUCCAUUAACAACUCAGCCACGCCUUUUAUGGAGAUACCUCACUUCCUGAGUGGGAUUUAUCCUUCUAAUGUCCUCUACCCUUACCCAAAGGCGGGUUCCAUAAUCCCAUCAGCCAGUUUGUUUGUGGUGAAUUUAUAUGGUCCAGCACAUACAUUAGAGAUGAUUCCACCCGACUCACAGAACAGCAGAGAUAUUUAUAUCUCUAUGAUGAGUUGGAUCAGCAGUACGCGUCUAGUUGUGCGUUGGUUGAACCGAGUCCAGAAUCAGUCUGUGGUGUGUGUGUGUGAAGCCACAACAGGAGCCUGCUCAGAGAGGCACCAAAUGACAAUGGACUUUUGGCACAACAAUCAACGGCAGGAUGAGCCGUUGUUCAUGGCAGAUGGCUCCCUGUUUUACCUCAUCUUGCCUGCCAAGCAAGGGGCCCGUGGGGAGUUCCUCCACAUUGCCAGCCUCCCUGCUCAGGCUUCAACUCCCUCUGUUACUCCUCGCUUUCUAACAUCAGGGAACUGGGAUGUAACCUCACUGUGCGCCCUUGACGAGGACAAUGAUAAAAUAUUUUUUUUGAGCACAGAGGAGUCACGACAGAGCAGGCACUUGUACAGCGUGGAGCUCGGAGGAGUAUUUCAACGCCAAUGUCUGACGUGCAACCUCUUUGAACAAUGCAACUUCUACACAGCAGACUUCAGCCCCAAUCAGACAUACUUCACCCUCUACUGCCUGGGUCCAGGAGUCCCAAAAGUGACCAUUCACAGCACAAGCGAUCCUUCUAGAUAUACAGUGGUGGAAGACAACAGCCUCCUUGCAAUGUCUCUUGAAACCAAGCGCCUUCCUGAGACAAUUUUCCAGACCCUUUCCUCCAACAACAAUGGCCUAGAUGUGAAGAUGUCGUUGCCUCCUGGGCACGAGGGAAAUCUGCACCCUCUCCUUAUUAUCAUUGAUGGUAUUCCUGGCAGGCAGUCGGUAACUGAGGAGUUUACCCUGGGCUGGCCGGAGGUUUUGUCUAGCCUGCACGGAGUAGCGCUGGCCUGGAUAGACAGCAGAAACAGUGUCCCUCUGGGACAGAAAAGCAGCACCCUGGACCCUCGUAAGCUGGGUUCCCUCCGCAUUAAAGACCAGCUUGGAGUUGUAGAGUGGUUCAUGCAGUUGCCAUACAUUGAUGGGAGAAGAAUUGCUGUUUAUGGAAAGGGAUUUGGUGGUUAUUUAAGUUUAAAGAUGUUGACAACAACUGAUCAGAUAUUCAAGUGUGCUGCCGUCAUGGCCCCUAUCACAGAUUUCAAGCUAUACAGUGCUGCUUUCUCAGAGAGAUAUCUAGGUCUCCCUGCUAAAGAGGAACAUUCCUACAUGACUGCGUCUUUAUUGGACGACAUCCACAAACUAAAAGACGACAACUUUCUCCUUUUACAUGGGACUGCAGAUGCGCGAGUUCAUUUCCAACAUAGUGCUGAAUUGUUGAGUCGUCUGGUGAAGUUGGAGGCCAACUACACACUGCAGCUGUACCCAGAUGAAGGUCACACCCUGAGAGCAGAGCGGAGCAUCCAACACAUGCAUCGUACCCUCCUAAACUACCUCCACAACUGUCUCAAAUAUGACCCCUUUCUCAAAGCAGAGGAGGAAGAGGAUGAGGAGGAAGAGUGAUUUCUUCUAUUGCUUUCGGUCCUCAAAGCAGCCCAUGUAUAUCUAAGUACCGGUGUUGAACUUCAAGCUGUGUUAUUUCACCAAAGGAAAAAGGAGAAAAAUUGGGACCAAGAGGACCAAAUCCACCAGCUAUUUAUUGCAGACUAGAUUUUGGAUUUUUUCAAUAUAAGACUACGACCAUGUCUUGUGCCGGUAUGUCCCUCCCUUGAUGAAUUGGAGGACAAGAGGAAGAUGCAAAAACAAGCACACUGGUUCAUGCAGUUUACAAGCAAAGCACAUAUAAAUCUAAGGGCCCCAUUCAAUCAAAACAGAUUAUUCAGAUUAUUGGUAAAAGAUGCUGCAGAGAUAUGUUAAUCAGCCUUGAUAUUAUAGUGCCACCUUGUAGGCAAAAAAGGAAAUGCUUUACAGGGGUAGUCACCCAAAAAUGAAAAUUCUUUCAUCAUUUACUCACCCUCAUGCCAUCCCAGAUGUGUAUGACUUUCUUUCUUCUGCAGAACACAAACAAAGGUUUUUAGAAGAAGACUUUAGUGGUUAAAUCCAUAUCUUCAGAAGUGAUAAGAUAGGUGUGGAUGAGAAACAAAUCAAUAUUUAAGUCCUUUUUUACUAUAAAUCUCCACUUUCACUUUCAGAUGUGAAAGUAAAACUAAACAGGCACCACAUGUGACUUUCAGAUGUGAAAGUGGAGAUUUAUAGUAAAAAUGACUUAAAUAUUGAUCUGUUUCUCACCCACACUUAUAUCGCUUUUGAAGACAUAGAUUUAACCACUGGAGUCUUGUAGAUUAGGUUUAUGCUGCUUUUAUCUGCUUUUGGACCCUUAGAUUUCUGGUCACCAUUCACUUAAAAUGUUUGGACCUACAGAGCUGAGAUAUUCGUCUAAAAAUAUUUGUUUGUUUUCUGAAAAAGAAAG